AUGCAUCAACAGUCACUCCUUCCCGUAAUUCCUCCGCUACAUCUUCAAGAUUCCUCGACUCACACCGAAGCCACGAGAUAUGGAGCAGUAGGGUCCCAUCCACCGAAUUGCUCUUCCUCUUUCGCGCACAGACAUCCCUCUGUUGACCAGUCGGACGUGACCAGCUUUCCUACAAUCAUGGCACAAUAUCUUUCCCAGCCUUCUGUCGAAAGCUUCUGGAUCUGGCUGAGCGAGAAUGACCAUUCCAUCCUCGGCGCGGAAAUUGAUAGGCUGGUAGAUCAUAUCAGUGGUCUUUAUGAUCAGCUGAACGUCCUCAGACGCGCAUACCAGGCUCGCAUUACACCGAUAUUGGAAGAAAGAGCCAAGAAACUCCCGAAAUACAACUUUCUCGUGAACUUUGUCUCACCUAUAGGCCAACUUCCCCAGGAGAGCCUCUCGGAGAUUUUCACUCAGGCACUUUUUCGCGGAGGAUCAUCCACGGGAUCACGUCCUCGCCCUCUGUCGGUUUUGCCGUGUCUCUGUGGCUUGGAGAAAUACUGCUAUAACGACUCCGCAAAUCUGGACUAG